AUUCAACCCUUAGCCAGCCCUGAUUGACUGUGCUACACACUGACAUGUAACAGUGACAGUGACACCAAAGCCACGCAAAGAGAGAAGAGGAAUGACAUGUCCUUCUCCAGGAAGAGAAGUUUCACAUUCGGUGCAUAUGGAGGCGUGGAUAAAUUCACAUGUGGGAAUGAGAUGAGACCUGAACCUGCAGGAGACAACAUACUGGACAUCCUGGAUUCUCCUGCCAGUGACAGCAAGUCGUCCCACUCUGCCAGCAGCAACCAGAGGGACACAGAGCUGUUUGAAAUCAUUGAAAAGCUGCAGGGCAGCAGGAUCAAUGAGCAGCGCUGCGAGUUUCCUCUGCCUCUGAAGUCUCAGAUUUUAACAUUAGAUGGAGACUUGCCACUCAUUCUCCCUUCAAAGUCGGGGGGCUGGUGGAUAGACCCCCCACUGGAGAAGCUUGUAGAUGUAAGUCCCACAUCCUCCCACUAUGGCCUUGAUCCAGAGAGCUACGAUAUUAUGGAAAGAGAUGGAGAAGCCAAAGUCUACCGUGAGGUCUUCUGCUCAAGGUACCACCACUGCUUCACAGCAGUGGAUCCAUCUUUGGGGCCACUGGUCCUCUCUGUGUGUUUGGAGGAAGAGGAGAAUAAACUGCGGGUCAUUCUAAGGAUGAAGGAGUGCUCUUUGCAUGGAACUUUCUCAACGUCUCUCUUCCCUCACAUCCCAUCAGCUGUUGAGUUAACGAAGAUGCUCUGUGACAGAGUGACUGUGUCAAAGUUUGAAGCAGUCAGUUACCUCAAGGCUCCAGAACUCAUCACUGCAUUUGACGAACACAGAGUGUCUCCUAAUUUCAAGUUUGGCAUUUUGUACCAGAAAGAUGGACAGCUCACUGAGGAGGACAUACUUAGUAACAAUGAUGAAAGUGAUGAGUUUAAAGAGUUCCUGUCCGUUAUGGGAGAGACAGUUCAGCUGCAAGGCUUCACAGGGUUCAGAGGAGGACUGGAUGUGUGUCAGGGCCAGACAGGAAGUGAAGCAGUCUUUACUUCCUUUCAAGGAAGAGAAAUCAUGUUCCAUGUUGCAACUAAACUGCCUUUCACAGAGGGCGACCCACAGCAGUUACAAAGAAAAAGGCACAUUGGUAAUGACAUUGUAGCUUUGGUGUACCAGGAGGGCCAAACUCCCUUUCUAUCCAAUGUUGUCAAGUCUCACUUCCUGCACUGUUUCCUGGUGGUCAGGAGGAUUCAGAGGGAGGAGGAGGAGGAGGAGGAGACAGGUGGACCAUCAUACCAGGUGUCUGUCACUGCCAGAGAGGACGUUCCUCUUUUUGGUCCAGUCAUCCCAGAACCUCCCAUCUUCACUGACCGAUCUCUGUUGAGAGAGUUUCUCCUGACCAAGCUGAUCAACGCAGAGAUUUCCUGCUACAAGGCCGAGAGCUUCAGCAAAUUAGAGCACCGGACCCGUUCAUCGCUCCUAGAGAGUCUGCAGGCUGAACUCACCUCACGUUCCCAGUGCAUGAUGGGGGAUCCAUCACCAUCUGCUCUGCCUGGCCCUGAAGGUGCUCGGGGGGCGUUUGAGGGUAGUGGAGGAUUCAUUGAAAACUUUAAGAGAGCCAUCAGAGUGCGGAGUCAUUCCUUUGACACUCUUGGUGUUACCAGAAAGACAAGUGGCAGCACAUCACAGAAGCCAAAGAUGGAGAAAGACGGAGAGAGUGACAAAUCUCCAGGACCUCUGCCUGACAGUUUGGGUCCAACUGAACUCAAAGAUCAAGCAAGUCCCCAAGAGGAGACAUAAAUGGAAACAUACAUUUACAGAUUUUAGACAUAGUAGACAUUGUUUGGUUACAACUUUAUCACCCUUGUGGAUAACUUAAUUUGUAAAAAGUUAAUAAAUAGCAUUCCUGUGAAAAUGCAUAUUUUACUGACAUAUCAGUGACAUUGAUAAGAAUCUUUAACUUGUAUUUUGUUGAAAAUGCAACAUAUUAAACUGACAGCAAAGUUGA